UAGUAUGAUGUGAACCUAGACGGAUGUAUUUUUGUCCUUGCAACUUUACUUGCCGUUUUCUUGAAGUGCUUAAUGUUUUCGAUAAAGAUCUUGAGAUAUCUAUUUAAAUUAAAGUACUUUGAAAUAAUUACUCACAUUUAUUUACAAGAGUACUCCCUCUCUCAUUCUCUUAUCAAUUAAUUUUUCAUUGACGUAAGCGAAUGAACCAAUAAUAUUUUUUUCUUUCCUCUCGUGCUUAGGACCAAUACAAUGGAGAUGUCGUUGAUCUGAAGACGUACCUAAUUCAACAAACCCUGUGGUAUUUUCUUUCAAUCGAGUGUAUAAUCUUUGGAAUGUUGUAUUGGCAUACUACAUUCAUUCACUAGUAUAUUAUCAAAAGAAUUUUUUUAUACAUGCGAUUAAAUGAAAACAAUCAUUUUAUGAAAAUUCUUAAGAAUCUGAUUCAUCCAUCAUUGAUAUUCGAUACAUAGCUAAUUGUUUUCUUUCUAGUAGAAAUAGGAACAUUUACUGGUUAUACAUCGUUAGCUGUUGCUUUGGCACUUCCAUGUGAUGGUGAAUUAAUACCUUGUGAUAUCAACGACCAAUAUGUUCGUCAAGAUAUAUGGAGUAAAGUUGGUGUUUGAAAUAAAAUUAUUUUACAAAUUCAACCAGCUUUAGAAACUCUGAAAGAUUUGGCCCACAUUCAUUUGAUUUUAUAUUUAUCAAUGACGAUAAAGCAAAUUAUCUUCAAUAUUAUGAUUUAUCUCUUCAAUUAAUACAUUCAAAUGGUUUGAUUGCGAUCGAUAAUACUCUAUGGAAUGAACGUUUAUUAAAUGAAAAUGAUACAUCCAUUGAAACAAUCGCUAUACGUCAAACAAAUAAACUUGUUAAAAAUGAUAAUCGCGCUGAUAUUCGUUUUUUAAGGUUAGGCGAUGGAACAACAAUUUUGCAGAAAAAAAUUAAAAUGGUGUGUUUAACAAAACCUGUGUUCAUUAUUCACGAGUGUUUUGCUUCGGUACAUAUUUCUCCCGAUCGUCAUCAAUUGCAAUAUAGUUUUGUAAGAACAGUAUCUAAUAGAACACAUCAUCGUGCUAAACGAUGGACAACGUCAGAUAUGUUUCAUAUUCUUAUUCAUUAUGAUGCAAGUGUUACAAAAUUAUCGAAAGAUGAACAAAAUUUAAUUAAAGAAGCAGUCGACGCAGCGACUGGUUAUUGGAGUAAUGCUAUUCGACCUAAAUAUAAGUUACACGAUCGAAUACGAUUAGCAAGACAAUGUCCAUCACGAAAAAUGUUUAUUGUUGAAAAUGAUUAUUCUAUAUAUUAUUGUUCGGAAAAAUGUUUAAGUGAAACUCGAUGUGGUGAUAUUAUUGUGCCUGAUGAACAUUUGCAUCAAUGCCAUGUCUGUACUAAAGAUAAAAAAUGUGAACGAAUCGGUAGUAAAGGUGGUGGUGUUGAUGCCGAAUUUAUUCUAUAUGUAUCGGCAAUAGAAACAAAUCGAUGUGAACCUGUGGAUACAUUGGCUACGGCAUCUUUUUGCCAAUUAGAAUCUGAUCAAGAUAGACCAAUUGCUGGUAAUAUCAAUGUUUGUCCAAGACGUUUAAGAGGCGACCAUAAUUCAAUAGACUUUGAUCGUCUUGUUAGUACAAUAAAACAUGAAAUUCUUCAUACAUUGGUAUUUUCUUCUGGUCUUUUUGCGUUCUUUCGAGACAGCAAUGGGGAUCCGUUUACUGAACGUGAUCCGGCAACAAGAUGGCCUAAAAUUUAUGAUGAAAAAUUACAAGUAUAUACACCCAGUGAUAAAGUGCUUCAGCAAGUAGUAAGAAAAAACUGGAAGACUCGUAGUGGAACUAUUGAUAAGAUUACCACUAUGUUGGUCACACCAAAAGUGAAGGCAAUUGUACGUGAACAUUUUGGUUGUCCAACAUUAGAAGGGGCUGAACUCGAAAACCAAGGAAGUGUAGGUACAGCUUUAACUCAUUGGGAAAAACGAUUGUUUGAACAUGAAAUAAUGACUGGAACUUAUACUCAAGAAUCCGUGAUAUCAAAUUUAACAUUAGCUUUAUUAGAAGAUAGCGGAUGGUACGAUGUAUCGUAUGCUUUUGGUAAGCCUCUUCUAUGGGGACGUAAUCUUGGCUGUGAUUUUGUUAAAACAAGUUGUAAAGAAUGGAUUGAUUCAAAGCUCGAAAAAAAAGAAAAUCCUUAUCCAUUUUGCAUUUCAUCACCAAAGCCUAAUCACUCAAAGCGUACAUGUGCCUAUACACAUGAUAAAGUCGUAAUGUGCAAUCUUGUCGAAUAUGCUGAUCCAAUACCUGCUGAGUAUCAAAUUUUUGAUUCUCUUCCAAACAUUACCGAUCAAAAUGAAAUUGCACGUUUCGGUGGACAUGUUAUGUUAGCUGACUAUUGUCCAUAUAAUCAAGAAUUAACAUAUAAAAACACUAACCGUGAUUCGCGAUGUUAUCGAUCAGAAAAUCAACCAUCAAGUCGAGAAAAUUAUGCUUUGGAAAAAUUUUCCUCUGGCUCAAAGUGUUUCGAUCAUGGUUCCAUAUGGGAACAAUAUAUUGAUCAAUGCCGUAGAAAACGUUAUAUAGCUCCACAAGCUGCUGGAUGUUAUCAUUUCGAGUGUAUUUCAUCAAAAGGAUUCUAUAUUAAUAUUGGUAAAGACAAAUAUCUUUGCGAAUAUCGAGGCCAAAAUGUAACUAUUUUAUCUGCCGAACACGAUUCAGUUUAUGCUGGAACAAUAAUUUGUCCUGAUUGUCAAAUUAUUUGUGGCUCUUUGGAUAACUUUCAAUGUCCUUCGCAACCCAACUUCUAUCCUGUACAAAACAUACAACAAUCAAAUCUUCGUGCAUCUGUACAUAAUAUUUGCAAACAUUUAUAUAAAUUUAAUCAACUGCCUAUGUCAGAUAAGACCGAUCAAUUACAUAUUAAAUCACACAUACUAUUGAUCUUUUUGAUCUUUUCCUUUUCUUCUAAGAAUAUUUUAAUAUAA